UUCAAAGUCACCUGAGAGUUGCCUAUAAAUUGGCAAUCGGCAUCCCAGCAUACACAAACACACCCAUCAAUUCAAGAAAAUACAAAAUGGGAGCUCAAACUUUCACAACCCCAACCUCAAAUUCAAACAAUGCUCUCACAUUUCUCCUCCCAAUUCUCCUAUUGAUCUUCAUGCCAAACAUGCACACAACCUUGGCAACUUCUUCUUCUUCUCAGACCUACAAAACCUACGUCAAAACUGCCUGCAACACAACCACAUACCCACUAAUUUGCUACAAAUCUCUCUCCUCAUACGCCUCCAAAGUCAAAUCCGAUCCUCAUAAGCUUUGUACCUAUGCCCUCUCCGUUACCCUAAAAGCAGCAAAAAACGCCUCUUCCGUAGUUUCAAAGCUAUAUAAAAAUACAGGAUUAACCCCAUCCGAGAAAGGGGUGGUCGAGGAUUGUAUAGACAAUAUUAAGGACUCCAUCGACGAGCUCAAACAGUCAGUGAGUUCCAUGAGCAAUUUGGGGGUUUCGGGUUCCGACGUGCAAUUACAAUUGGAUGAUAUAAAGACUUGGGUUAGCGCCGUCAUCACGGAUGACGCUACUUGCACGGAUGGAUUUGAUGGUGUGAAGGUAAGCACCGCGGUUAAGACCGCCAUCAAGAACAGCAUUGUGAAUGCUGCUAGGUUGGCUAGCAAUGCUCUUUCUCUCAUUGACAGCCUCAUUUACUAGUUCAACCUAUACCCUUUGUAUUUCCUGACUUCUAUAUUUUAUAUUUUAUUUUACUUUGGUUGAUAGAAAGUUUAUAGAUUUUAUAAUUUAUGUGUGUUUAAUGUAAUUAAAAGUUGUGUGAAAUCACCUCAUUCCUUAACCAUGAGGUUGGGGGUUCGAUCCCCGCUCAUGGGAAUUGAGCGCAUUUCGUGGCCAGCCGUUUACCUCCAUUGGGAGAGCUCCCGCGACGAAAGGAAUUAGUCAUUGUUGUCGGCUAUGGAUACCCUUGGGUCUCACCUAAAAAAAGUUGUGUGAAAUGGUUUUGUGACAGUUGGAAGAGUGGUUUGUAUGUAAUUAUGUAUACUACUACUACUAUAUGUAAUGUUGUACAACAGAGGGAGUUUUGAGCAAUUUGAUAACAAAUAAGCAAGCCCCUCAGCCCCCCCAUGUUGAUCAAAGAUCCCAUCUAUAAUAAUUGGCGAUCGACAGAACUUUUAUUC